AAACGUCAUGACCCGAAACGCAGCGCAUUUAAUAUCCCUCACGAGCGAAAGCGACGAUAAAACGCUUCCGGCUUUUAGGUUUUAGCUCUUUUCGUAAGGUAUCGUUUUUUUCCCGAUACAGACGCUUCAUCUCUGCUCUCACAUCGUCCAUCUCCCAAAACGCUUCUCGGCCGGCACCAUCGGAUCGCCUCUCCACCGUCCAUUCUCAUGAUCUAAAGAUGAUGAUGAUGAUUAGUGGAGGACAUGAAGCGAAUGGUCUUUAUUAUCUCGACAAUGGAAUAAUUGGAGCUGCAUUACGGAUGGAUGUCUUAGCUCAUCAAUGGCAUUGCAGACUUGGUCACCAUUCAUGGAGUAGUUUAAAGAGUCUUGUUUCAUCGUUAUCUAAUGUGUUUGAUUUAGAAUACAAAGCUGGUAAAUAAAACAAACAUCGUAGUCUCAUUUCUGGCUUGUGUGGGCAAAACGAGUGAUGGUCAUUUCUCUUUAGUACAUUCUGAUGUAUGGGGUCCAGUUCGUACUAGUUUAUUUAACUUUAAGUUAUUAUUUUGCAACGAUUAUUCUCGCAUAACUUGAUUAUAUUUAAAUAAAGAUUGCUCUAAAGUGUUUUCCUACAAGGAUUUCAUAUGGAAGUGAAAACAUAAUUCAAUGCUAGGGUGUGUAUUCUACGAAUGAGUAUCGACACUCAAUUGAGGUUAUUUUGGUUUUGUUGUUUAAUAUGAAGGUUCAAUAAAUGUUUUUGGAGUGAUGCAAUUUUAACUACAUGUUAUUUAAUAAAUUGGAUGCCAUCAUCUAUUUUGGAGAGUAAAUCACCCUUCUUUUGUUUUGUGUCUUCAUAUUCCUGUGUUUUUUGUCCCACCUAAAGUGUCUGUGCUUUGUGCAUUAGAUAAUUUUGUUUACAAGUGUGAACCCAAAUUUUGAGUGUAUUUUUCUUGGACAUUCACGUAUCCAACGAGGAUGCAAGUGCUACAAUCUCUCUCUCGCAAAUGUUAUGUCUUAGUUGAUGUCACAUUCUUUGAAAGUAGCCUAUGUUUUUUUAAGAUGGUAAGUCGUUGUAGUUUGGAGAAAUGUUUGCUACUCUUUCCAUUGUACUUUGACACAACUUACAUUGGAAGAAAAUUUUGUACAACGUUUAGUUCCACCAUUGCAAGUCUACUCCAGACAUAUUGAGCGUGAUAAUGAAGUUCAUCCAAUUGCAAUUUCCACCAAUCCUCUAGCUCCAUCUGAAUAUCAUCAUCCUCCAGAAUCUCCUUCUUUAGCAUUUAAUGAAGAUAACUUGCUCUUUGCAAGGGUAAACGUUCAUUCAUUCAAUAUAUUAUUUUUCAUUUUGUUUCCUUUGAUGGUUUAUCUCCUUUUCACAAAUUUGCAUUGUCCUUAUCGUUUGUGUUUGUUCCUCAUUCUCUCCAAGAAGCUCUCAAUCAUUGUUGAUGGAAACGAGCUAUGGAAGAUUGAUGUUGCUCUCCAACACCAUCAAACUUGGACUCUAAUUGACUUAUUUGUUGGAAAAUGAGCAAUUAGGUGUCGCUAGGUGUACAUGGUUAAGUAUAAUCUAGAUGGCUUAGUUUUUAAUCUAAGACGAGCUUCGGACUUUGCCGAUUGAGAAAUUAAGACAAGACCUGAAAUGAACCAAAAAAAGACGACAAUGGUAGCCCAUUAAAGGCCAACUCCGGAAUGUCCGAGAACGUUUAAAAGUUCUCCGCCACGGAGGACAGAGUCUUCGUUGACUUGACUUACGGAAUACAAGUGAACAACACGAGACUUCUCGGGGGUGAGCACAGAAAGAGAAGGAAGAGUACCUCCUAUUGGGAGACUUAGUACAACUUCUUAAGGGUUUUUAUUUUAUACCCCAGCGUCGGUUUGCUUGCCUUGUGAAGUGUUGUGUUGGGCUUCUCUCUUAGGGAAGCCCUACGCUCCACUUUUCUACAUUUUUGUCUAUCAAACUAAAGUAACAACAUUGCUCCAAAAUUAGCUUGGUUCCAAGAUAUAGAAUUUAUGUUGAAUCACCACUUAGCGAGGGGUUUUAUUUUUUUUGAAGAGAUACAUUUAUUAAGAAAACCCCCACCAAGCUAGACAGGAAAAGAAUACAAAAAAAAAAAAAGAAAAAAAAAAAAAACGAAAGGCCUCAACAGCGUGAUCAAAUCACAAGAAAGAAGGCCGCUACUAAGCAGACCACUCUGACAGCAAGGCGCACGAUCCCAUCAACAUUGCAUGAAGGGAGUGAGUCUGAUUGCAAGAACGUCUUUGAUUCCUCUCACCCCAUAUGGACCACCAAACCCUAGGCAAAGUUAAUCUCCAUCUCGAAGAAAGUUACUUGCUCCCUCCUCCCCAAUGCCAAGCCCAUAAAAGAUUCUCCACAGAACUUGGCAUUGCCUAGACCACUCCUUGGGUUGCUAGGAACCAAUCCCAAAUCUUCUGGGCGAAUGGGUAGAAAACGAACAAAUGGUCAACCGUUUCUGCAUCUCGUUCACACAUGCAACACUUAUUAGGAAUAACCUUAGACCUUUUUAAGAGAUUAUUUGCCACUUUCGGAGGAGCUCCGUAAGACCAGAAAUGAUAGGCGUGCCUAUCGGGAGAAAUCGAAGCAUUGGCCUGGAGCAAAGAGUAGAAAGAUUUGACUGAAAACCUCCUUGAGCUAAGCAGUGUUCGAAGUAUCAGUAUCGCUACAAGUUUCGCUGUUUGGGGAUACGAAAACAUUAUCAAUAUCGCCAAUAAUAUCGUUGAUAAUCAGAAAUGUGAAAAAACAUGGGAAAAACGGUAGAAUUUUUAGUGAAACUUCAGGAGAAGCUAAAAUACACAUAUUUGCAUAUUUAGGAAUAAAAAAAAUUACAAAAGAAUGUAUACACAAUAAGUUUUCAUUUAAUGGGGGCUUAAAAGCAUGUGUCGUCGUAAGAAACAGUCUAACCAUCCCAUCCAUCCCAUUUAACCAUCCAAUUAUCCAUCCAACCUUCCAUUCAAACAUUUAUCAAUAUUGCAGAAUAUUGACAACUCAUGAUAUUUUGCAAAGAAAUCAUCAAUAACAAGAAAGGAAACAAAAGAUUGUGGUCUUGAUAUCGUGCAUGUUGUGAUAACGAUAAUAUUGAGAUAUUAUCAAUAUUAGCAACGACAAACUGAAAAUUACAUACAAUAAUGUGCUCAUAAAAAAAUUUGAAAUAGAUUUUUUUUUUUUUUUUAAUAAAUAAAUAAACAAACUUUCUCCGAUAUCUCUAUGUUGGCGAUAGUAUUGAAAUAUUGCCAAUGCACUUGGGAUACAAGUGUCACCUAAAAUUUACACAAUCUAAAAUAUUGAUGAUAUCGAUACAUUAACAAUACAAGCGACGCCUGGAAUUUACACUAUUGAAAAUAUUGGCGAUAUCAAUUCGUUUGCGAUACUUACCAAUACAUUGUUGAUGCUUGGAAUUUCUAAUACUACCAGUGUAACCGGGAUUGCUACCGGUGUUAUCGGUACUGCCAAGCUGCAAAUAACGAUAAUAUCGAAGAUAUUUCGAUAAUAUCAUUCAUGUAGAUAAUUCAAACAAUGGAGCUAAGCAUACGCCAAACCAUAGAAUCUGAAUCCCUAGUUGGGGCUAAAAGCUGCAAAUGCUGGAGAAGAGCGAUAUACUCCAUUAUCUUAUCUUCUGUUAGGUUCCUUCUGCACAGAGGAUACCAAACUACCGUCGAACUACAUAAAGAGUAGCAAUCAACCACCUUCACAUCGGCCGAUGGCGUAAGGGAAGCCAAUGAAGGGAAGUCUGUACUUAGCAGCCUCUCGCCACACCAAAUAUCCUCCCAGAACAUGAUAUUAGAGCCGUCCCUAAUGGCAAAGGAUACGCCUUGCUAGAAGACAUCCUUGAGAGACAUCACCGAUCUCCAUAUAAAUGAAGCUCUAUAUAACGAAGAUCUCUUAUUAUGACAUCCCCCAUCUUGAAGCGUGUACUCGGCAACAAUGACUUGAUGCCAGAAACCAUUGACUUCCGUUGCAAAUCACCAUAACCAUUUUCCAAGAAGAGCUAAAUUCAUGCUUCCAAGGGCCCGCAAGCCAACACCUCCCUGAUCAACAGGUUUAUAGACUUCCUGAUGGGGACAUCAGAGGACCUACUCAGGUGUACCAAAGACAGAGAUGACUACUCACAUUAGUGCCGCUUUCUUUGUGGAUGGGAGAUGAGUCCAGAUGGGGCCCACCUGGCCAUUUUAAAGACCCCACAUUGGACGUGCAUAAGAAAGACCCCACAUUGGGAUGAUGCAUGUGGGUUGCUUAAGAGAUCAUUUUUGUCAUAGGAUUUCUAUUUCGUGUCGAUCCGACCGUUAGAUCUUGUCGAUCAGGCCAUCGGGCCACCUAAUCUUUUAGAUCUAGGCCCCUUGGACUCGGUUCUUGCUUUCUUUAUGAUUUUAUUUUUAGGAUUUAUUUGAUGGUUGAGGUUGAUAAUAAAUGUUUUACUUUUCUUAUUUUGGACGAUGGGCCACUUCACUUAAGUGAGUGACAUAGUUGUAAUUAUGCUGAAUUUUUAAUAAUAAAAGCACAGGGGGUUGGAGAUCCAACCCUAUUGGAUUUUGUGAUUAAAAAGAAGAAGAGAAAAGGCUUUCUUCUUCCAUCUUCAUGCGAUUUGAAGAUACUUACAUGUGAUUUGGAAGGAAGAUUGGUGCGAUGCUAAUCUUCAUUAACGGAGGUGCAAUGUCUCCAUCUAUCCCCACACCAUCUUCUCUUUUCUUUUCCAUCCAGGUAUUUUCUUCAGGUUCUUCAUUCUCCCAUCCCAGAUCUUCAUCUUCUCCCAAACCCAACUUUCUCAUACCCAUCCAUAAUCCAAACCUUAACCGAGGUAAACCCAUCCACCCCAUGCCACAUGUGUGAUCGUACGACCACACGUGUGAAUCCCACCUAGCCCCUUUUUGCUUUCCAUCGUCCUUAUAUCAAAACUCCUUUCUUCCAUUCCCAAAACCCUAACCAUAAACCUAAAAUCCCUAACUUUCCUAGAUUUUCCCUAAUUAAAAAAAAAAAAAAACCCUAAUUCCAAAAUUCUCAAUUCCCAUGAACCCUAAUUCUUCAAAUUUCAGAUUUUCUCCUUCCUAACCCUAAUCAUAAAACCUACAAAUCUAUCCCUUGAGUGUGGAACGUGCCUAUGCUAAAUUGGAAGUUCUAUCCUUCCAUCGAGCCUAUUUUUAAUUGAUUUUUGUGAUUUCAUAGCAUGUGGGCAUGUGAUUUAAGUUAAAUCAGAUUUUAUUUCCUAUUGUUUACUCUUAAUUACUUGGUGGAUAAGCAUCUUUUGUUAAUUGAAUUAUUUUAUGGACUCUUUCAUAAUCUCCAUGUUGCAUGCUAGCAUCAAAUAAUGUGUCUUGCAUUACUUCCUCCCACUUCAACAAAUGGAACUUGUAACUAUUAGUGGUUCCCUUCCAGAGAAAAUUCGGUCUUAGCUUUUCGAGUCUUGUACCCUUUGAGGACAUUUAAAAAUGGACAAAGUAUAUGGGCAUGUUAGAAAAGGCCACCUUAAUCUACAUGAGGCAACCUCCCAAAGAAAAAUGUUGGCUCCUCCAUUUGGAGAGUUUAUACUCAAUGCUCUCUAUCACUUUAUCCCAAAGAUGAACCGUUGGUUUGCCAAUGCAAAGUGGUAACCCAAAUAAUAAGGGAAAGAUUCAAUUUUACAACUAAAAAAGGAUGCAAGGCUGGUCAACUCAUCGUGAGGAACGUGCACACCAAGGAGUUCGCUUUUUGUCACAUUAAUCUUUAGCCCGAAGACCGCUUCAAAGCAUGAGACCACUUUCUGCAAGUUGUCCACCAUGGCUAGGUCCACUUUAGAAAAAAUAAUUGUAUCAUCUGCAAAUUGUAGGUGCAAUACUGGAGUCGCCACCCCGGCCACCUUGAACCUGUAAAGAGACCUGUCUCUUGCCCUCUAGCUAGCAUGCGACUGAAGGCUUUUGCCACCAUGAUGAAGAGAUAAGGGGACAUGGGGUCUUCUUGUCUAAGACUCCUAGAAGAUUCGAAGUACCCUUUGGGGGAGCUGUUAAGUAGCAUCGAGAAGGAGGCAGACCUGACACGAAUCUGCAUCCACUUUCUCCAUUUGUCUCCAAAACCCAUUCUAGUUAACAAGUAAUCCAGGAAAUCCCAAUCUACAUGAUCGUAGGCUUUCAUCUAGCUUGCAAACUACCCUGGCUUUUUUUUGUUUGAAUCGAGCAUCGAUGCACUCAUGGGCAAUAAGAGCCGAAUCAAGAAUUUGUCUAACCCCCACAAAUGCUACUUGAUUUGGAGAAAUAAUACUAUCCAUCUCUUUCUCAAGUCUUGAUGUGAGCACCUUUACAAGGAUUUUGUACAGACUUCCAAUCAAAUUGAUCGGUCUGAAAUCUUUCGUCCCUUCCGCACCAUCGAUCUUCGGAAUGAGGACGAUAAAGGUGGCUCCCAGCUCGGACGGAAAGCGCCCUUCUUGAAAAAAUUCCUGGAGAAAUCCAUCACAUCUUUUUUCACCACGUGCCAAAAAACCUUAGAGAGCUAAAGGGAAGCCGUUGGGGCCUGGAGCUUUGUCACUUCCCAAACUGUCCAAAGCUUCCUUGACUUCAUCUUCAAGGAUCGGCUUCUCCGGGGAUGUCGCUGCUUCUCCUGAAAUUUGAUCAAAAUGGAGCAGAUCCAACCUUUGCCUAACCCAAUGGUUCUUCGACAGGAGACUUUGAGAGAAGCCAACUAUAGAUUGGCACGCUUCUUCCUUCUUUUCCAACCCGAUCCUGUCCACUACAAUAGACGAAAUAAGAUGACAUCUCGCUUUAGCUGUCGCAAUAUUGUGAAAAAAGUGCGUGUUUUUGUCACCUUCCUUCAGCCACAAUGCCCUUGAGUGCUGUCUCCAUUUGAUCUCCUGCUCCUUGAGGAACUUAAGAGUAAUCUGCCUCUCAAUGUCAUCAUCAGAAGCAUCACCUCCCUCCUUGAGAUCAAUGGCGUGGAUCUCAUCGAGGAUUUCAGAAAAAGAAGACUCUCUGGCAAUGAAGAAAUCUUUGUUCCAAUCCUUCAGCUUUUCUUUGAGGAGUUUCAGUUUCUUGUGAAGACAGAAAACGGCCCUGACUUCCACCUAGAAGGAAUUCCACCAAUUGACAACUAAAUCUGCAAAUCCUUCAAAUUCCAACCACAUAAGUUCAAACCGAAGAGGUUUCGGACCCAACCUUUCAACUUCAACAUGAAGGAGAAUGGGCCCAUCAUCUGAUGUGGGCCUCGAAAAUCCUGUCAGUUGAAUCAUUGCAUAUCUGGCCAUCCAAUCUGGGUUAACAAAGAAUCUGUCCCGCCUACACAUGGUCGGAGGAUUCCUACCAUUAGACCAGGUGAACUUCGCAUCAGACAUUGGAAUGUCAUUGCUGCACCCAAGAAGCAAAAUCCUGCAUGUGUUUGGAAGGCCGCAUGAAAAGUCAAGUGGGGCACGCCACAUGAAACAGUAGGGUUUGAAUGUCCACCACUGAAACAUUCAUGUUCCCACAGGCUAAUAUUUGUGUUUUCAGUUUACCAUAGUGGGAUAACCUUAUGAACGGUUUGAAUGGUAUAUAAAUAUCCCAAUGGGCCUGAGAAGGUUUCAAUGGUGGGCAUUUCCAUCACCACUAUUUCCUCUCAUGUGGCGCAUAUAACUUUUGAUCCGCCUCAUUUUUGGACUCAUGUCCUAACAUGAGCUGGUGAAACCGAUGGAUGGAGUGGAUUUCUCUUGUAGAUUGGAGAAAUUUUCACAUUGUGUCGAUUGGAGAUAAAUUUGCAAGGGUAUGCAUAAGUAGAAGGGAACCUAUGCAGGGGGUGAAAAAGAAGUGAUCAAAACAAACAGCAAGGGCUACUUAGUCCAAUAAAAGUCAUGAAAAAAAUAAGUGAUUAAAACAAAUAAAAAAUACUAAAAUUUAUUCUGACUUUUAUUAUUAUAGAUAAUUUGUGCUCUUUAGAAGAAACUUCUUUUUGUUUCCUAAUCACCGAUUAUUAUCGCCAUUACUUUGUUUUUACAGCUUUGUUUAUUCUUGUGAAGGAUAUUUUAUGGGGCAUCAAACUUGGUGAGAGAACAAGGCAUGGAAAUCUCUACUUCCUCACUAUUUUCAAAGGUCUCUUUCAACAGUGACGUCAUCAAUGGUUUUUGUUGUUAUUUGGCAUCGUCUUAGUCAUGCUGGUUUGCAGAUUGUGACGUUGAGGUCGCUAUAUUGCAUACUUUGGACUCUCAACUUGUAAUUAAUAAAAUGCCGCGUGAGCUAGAUAUAGGGUGGCAACAUGGGAAGAUGAUUGGAGGACAUAGGCACCAUAUACAGUGCAACUAUUGUCAUCGAACUAUGAUUGGGGGUGUUACUCGUUUCAAAAAACACUUGGCUAGCAAAAGGGGAGAAAUUAAGGGUUGUGAGGCUGUCCCCAAAGAAAUAAGAGAUAACAUGAGAAAACAUUUAGCUUUGGGGAAAAUGAAAAAGUCUUCAGAAAAGAAGGAAAAGAGGCUGGGGAUUGAAACCUUGAAUGCAUUGCAGUAUGAUAGCAAGGACUCGGAAUCAGAUGAAUCAGAUCGAGAGAUAGCAGCUGCUAGACUGGAGAGCUUACGGACCUUGCAUAAAGAUGAAGAAAACCGCCGCCUAAUCAUUAAUGAACCUAAACCAGACCAUCAACAAUUUGUGGCGGGUACUCAGGAGUGCUAUCAUGCUUUCUCAAGUGUUCCAUCCAAGGAUGAGCAGGGUUUGGUACCUCCGAAAGCAACAGAUCCUGGAUGGGCUCAUGGCACAAUGGUAGAAGGGGAUCGGCAGAAAAUCAAGUGCAGAUAUUGUCACAAGGUAAUAUUAGGGGGUGGGAUUUCCCGACUAAAACAGCAUUUGGCAGGGGAAAGGGGAAAUAUAGCCCCAUGCGAGAAAGUACCUGAAGACGUGAGAGGGCACAUGCAACAACAUUUAGGAUUUAAAGUUUUGGAAAGACUAAAGAAGCGGAAAGAAUUGGAAACUGGUAAUGGUCUCUCUCAGGAAGGGAUGGAAGUGGGCUGUCAUGAUGACUUGAAAAGGAGCCCUAAUGCAACUUCUGCACUUAGCAAUGGUCGUAGAAGAAGGCGGAAGUCAGAGGAUGGAGGAUCCUCAGGUCAACGAAAGAGAACUAGGAAUUUGUUGACUGCACCAGCAACACCUGUUUCUCAACCCAGUUUGCACCUCACUUUUGCUUCCCAAGAAAGCAUGGACCAAGCAGAUAUGGCUGUUGCGAAGUUCAUGUAUGAUGCCGGCAUACCAUUCGGUGCAGCAAAAUCGUUAUAUUUUCAGCCAAUGGCUGAUGCCAUUGCUGCAGUUGGCCCUGGCUAUAAAAUGCCCUCUUAUCAUGCUCUACGGGGGAAAUUGUUGGACAAGAGUGUCCGUGAAGCAGGAGAGUUAUAUCAAGAACUAAGAAAGUCGUGGGAAGUCACUGGGUGUUCAGUCAUGGCCGAUAGGUGGAUAGACAAAAGCGACCGUACUGUUAUAAAUUUUUUCGUUUAUUGUCCAAAGGGUACCACGUUCCUCAAGUCAGUAGAUGCUUCUGAUAUUUCUAAAAAUCCAGAAGCCUUGAUGAAUCUGUUUGAUAGUAUCGUCCAAGUGGUUGGCCCCAAGAAUAUUGUUCAUUUCUUGACAGAUGGUUCAGCUAGUUUUCAAUCAGCGGGAAAAUUGUUGCUGAACAAGUACAAGACCUUUUUUUGGAGCACAUGUGCAGCUCAUUGCAUCGAUCUAAUGCUCGAGGAAUUUGGCAAGUUGGGUGAAGUGAAAGAGAUCUUGGCAAAGGCGAAAAGAAUCAGUAGAUUCAUAUAUAACCAUGCAUGGGUUCUGGAUUUGAUGAGGAAAAGAACAGGCGGAAGAGACAUUGUUCGGCCCGCCAUGACAAAGUCCGCAACUGACUUCUUAACAUUGCAAAGCAUCGUAUCUUUGAAAGAACCCUUACAUCAGAUGUUCACGAGUACCACUUGGGUGCAGUCGGAUUUCUCUAAACAAAGGUCAGGGAUAAAGGUGACAGAGGUCGUGUUGGACCCACUGUUCUGGUCGUCGUGUGCCAAAAUCCUGAAAGUUGGCAAACCCGUCAUUACAGUCUUACACUUUGCAGAUAGUGAGGAGAGACCUUCUAUGGGUUACAUAUAUGAUGCGAUGGAGAAGGCAAAGAAAGGCAUCAUUGUAGCAUUCAACAAUAAGGAAAUUGAUUAUUUGCCAUACUUGGAGGUCAUUGAUCAUAUAUGGGAAAAGCAACUCCAUAGCCCCCUUCACGCAGCUGCUUACUAUCUUAACCCGUCCAUAUUUUACAAUCCAAGCUUCUCCAAUAGUAAUAAAAGGAUCCAGAAAGGCUUGCUCGAUUGCAUUGAGACCUUGGAGCCUGAUCUAGCUGUUCAAGAAAGGAUUACGAGCUAUCUGUCUUACUAUGAGCAGGCUGUGGGGGAUUUCAGCCGCCCUGUGGCAGUACGGGGUCGAGAUUCACUAUCUCCAGCUACAUGGUGGUCGCUGUACGCAUCAGACUGCCCAGAUCUUCAACGCUUUGCCAUUAGAAUCUUAAGCCAAACAUGUAGCAGAACCAGAUGUGAGAGGAAUCACAGCAUAGCUGAUCAUGUCCAUUCAAAUAAGAGAAAUAGAUUGGAGGAUGAAAGGUUGAAAGACCUCAUCUUUAUCCACCAUAACUUGCGGCUUCAACAGAGGCAAACAGUGCCAUUGGGAAAUAAAGCACUGAUGAGAGGUGGAUACGAUCCAAUAUGUUUGGAGGGAAUGAAUUCCAAUGCCAGAGAUUGGGUUGAGGAUCCUGGGGUUCUACUAGGUGAAGAUAUCAGUUGGAUGGACGUAGCUCUACCAAGCGAUUCAAUUGCUGCAAGUAACAUGGUUAGCAAUGUCGAUGAUAAUAGCAUUGAUGAUAGAAGCAGUGACGGCACAGAUGAAGAAGAUGGCGCUGAGGACUCAUAAGACCUUGCUUAAGGACCCAUUGCAUGGAAAGCUGCGGAUAUCGCAACCGUGAAAGUCAGCGAAUCUUUGAGCUUACAGUUUGUGCAACCAGAGCUUGCUGGUGUCUGUUAUAGUAUAUGUGAACACUGUAAACAUUUAGAUCUUUCCUCUGUAAACAAUUCCAAUCAGCCCCAGAUUUGGACCUGGCCCAUUCAUUUAC